AUGGCGACCCUCACCAUGACAAUGCCGCCACCAUCCAAACCCAAGAAGGGCAACGAGAAACUUCCACCAGAAAAUGAACGUUAUAUGCGAGCUUGCUCUGAUAUUGCAAACGUGCUCAUUCAGGAAUAUGAAGCGCAGAGGGAUUCAUCCAAACCGAGGAAAGAUAUCAACCUCAACAAGCUGCGCGGCCAAAUCGCGAAGAAGCAUCGCCUGGCUACGCAACCUCCCUUGACAGCUAUUAUCGCCGCCGUGCCGGAACAAUACAAGAAAUAUAUCUUACCCAAGCUCAUCGCGAAGCCUAUUCGGACGUCGUCGGGAAUUGCCGUUGUCGCCGUGAUGAGCAAACCUCACCGUUGUCCGCAUAUUGCCUACACCGGUAACAUUUGUGUCUACUGCCCUGGUGGACCUGAUUCGGAUUUUGAGUAUUCGACACAGUCAUAUACUGGCUACGAGCCGACAUCGAUGCGCGCUAUCCGAGCACGGUACGAUCCGUUUGAACAAGCGAGAGGUCGGGUUGAUCAGAUCAAGUCUCUCGGCCAUAGCGUGGACAAAGUGGAAUAUAUUGUCAUGGGUGGCACAUUCAUGUCUCUUCCGCCGGAUUACAGAGAAUCCUUCAUCGCUCAGCUUCACAAUGCGCUGAGUGGGUACCAGACGGACAAUGUUGACGAGGCUGUUCAGGCAGGCGAAAUGAGCAACAUAAAAUGCGUGGGUAUUACGAUCGAGACGCGGCCUGAUUACUGUUUGGAUACUCAUCUGAGUGAUAUGCUUCGAUAUGGGUGCACGCGAUUGGAAAUUGGCGUGCAAAGUUUGUAUGAAGAUGUUGCGCGGGAUACGAAUCGAGGCCAUACUGUCGCUGCGGUGGCAGAGACAUUCAAGCUCGCCAAGGAUGCUGGGUUCAAGGUCGUUAGCCACAUGAUGCCGGAUCUGCCGAAUGUCGGCAUGGAACGGGAUCUUUUCCAGUUUCAGGAAUAUUUUGAAAACCCAGCCUUCCGUACGGACGGUCUGAAGAUUUAUCCGACACUGGUCAUUCGGGGUACAGGCCUGUAUGAGCUUUGGAGGACGGGUCGCUACAAGAACUACACCCCCAACGCGCUGGUAGAUCUUGUCGCUCGAAUCCUUGCGCUAGUACCUCCGUGGACGCGUAUCUACCGUGUGCAGCGAGAUAUUCCCAUGCCUCUGGUCACUUCCGGCGUGGAGAAUGGCAACCUUCGAGAACUGGCUUUGGCACGCAUGAAAGACUUUGGUACAACAUGUCGUGAUGUGCGCACCCGCGAAGUUGGUAUCAAUGAAGUAAAAAACAAAAUCCGCCCCUCGCAAGUGGAGCUCAUCCGUCGAGACUAUACUGCCAACGGUGGUUGGGAAACGUUCCUCGCCUAUGAAGAUCCUAAGCAGGAUAUUCUCAUCGGCUUACUGCGCCUGCGAAAGUGCAGCACGACUCACACUUUCCGUCCGGAAUUCACUGGCCAGCAGACGAGUAUUGUGCGAGAGCUCCACGUAUAUGGCUCUGCGGUACCGCUCCACGGCCGCGAUCCGCGGAAGUUCCAGCACCGAGGAUUUGGAACCUUGCUAAUGGAGGAGGCCGAGCGGAUCGCGCGAGAAGAACACGGAAGCCGAAAGAUCAGCGUCAUCUCGGGAGUCGGUGUCCGCAGCUACUAUGCUCGUCUCGGGUACACACUGGACGGUCCUUACAUGUCCAAGAUGCUCGACCCAAUUGAAGACGAAGAAUUCUAA